AAAGUGGUGUGAUAGGAAAGAAGUGUGAGUGAAAGAGAGCAAAAUUCAUUGGUCUUGCACACACAUUUUUUCUUUAUCUAACCUUUCUUUUCUUUUUCUUUACACAAAAUGUCUUCGUCCUCACCGACAACCAAUUAUGCUGACGAUGACAUGCAGGAUAUUAUAUUCACCAAACGAGGUUGUUUAUUUUGGAUCCCAUGCUUUCGAUCAAAAGCAUCAUCGUCAGCAUAUGGUCGUGGGUGUGGAGAAGAGCAGAAAUCGGAGAAGAAGCAGCAUUCGCGGCCCAAAAAAUUGAAGAAAGUAAAGGAAUUGUCUAAGAAGGUGUUUGGGUCUAAAUGGAAAAAGUUUAUUCGUCGUUUGAAGAAGAAGAAUAUUCCCAGAACUACAUUGACAAAGAAAGGUUCAUUCCAUUAUGAUCCCUUGAGUUAUUCGCUCAACUUUGAUGAUGGAAAACAUUACGAAGGUGAUGAUCAUGAACGUUACAGCCGCAAUUUUUCAUAUCGCUUUGCUUCUCUUCCAGCAUCAACAAAAUCAUCCAUGGACCUUGGCAAGGAUAAUAGUCUCUCGUUGAUGUGAUAAUAUCAUGUGAAAAUAGU